CCCUUCGUCGUCGACGACCACCACAUGCUCGCUGUCUGAACAGCUGUACUUUGGCUGUACUCGUCGUGUCCUCUCCUUCACGACCACAUUCCUUUACCAUGGCUGCUCGGUCAGCGACCAGAACGUCACCCGCGCGUCCUCAACCCGGAGCCGCGACCAUCCGUCGCGCGAAAACCCUCACUCGUCCGGAGCGCAAUGUCGCGCCUGACGAGACCCUCGAUGCAUGGCGCAUAUUCUCCCGCCUCGUCACCUUCUGGGCCCCGAGCUCGCUCCUUCGCUCCCUCGGCGGGCUCGACGACAGACACAAGAAAGUCCUCUGCCCGCAGAUCGAGCAGCAGAGCGCGGGCCGGUACGUGCGCAAAGGCAGCGUCGACCUUGUGCUCGGCGUGCAGGGCUGGCAGAUGAACUUCACGUACUUGAGCCAGACCGCCACCCAGGGGCUGAACGUGAACUUUACGCAGCUACUGAAGGAGCCCGGACAGGACAUCACGCCAUACUUCCAACGGUCGGCGGCAGACUACCCUGCCUGCAACGGGCUCUCGUUCCGUGCGGCGGCGGAGCAGCCAUGCAAUAGCGCCACACCGUGCCCUCUCGGUGCUCUCAAUUCUUCGUCGGUGUUCGCGGGGCUGGGGGUGGAGAACACGACGCUGAUCGUGGGCUACGACUGGGACCAGGUGGCGGCGUUGGACAACUACAUGGUGCUCGACGGUGCGGUGCUGAACAUGAAUACGUACAUGAAGCUGCAUCCGAGCGCAAUUCCAUCCGACGCGCUGGAUUCGACAAUUCGGGCGGUGCUGACGGCGCCGGGCGACUGGGGGCGGGACGGGACACGGCUGUUCUCGUACCACGCAGACGUUUCGAAGGCGAUGCCAUGCAUGAUCCAGCGGUACUACGCGGGCAACAUCGACAAGAUUACCCCCGGUUGCCUGCUCUCGAACCUCAUCCUCUACGCCGGCCUCAUCGUCAUCCUCGGACUCGUGCUCAUCCGCUUCGCGAUGGCGUGCGUGUUCUCGUGGUUUGUCUCCAAGCGACUGUGCAGCCCACCCGACAGCAGGCAGCUCAUGCAGUCUGCGAUCAGUCCUGCGGUGCUCCCGGAAGGCGCGAACAUCUCCGUCGACAACAUCACCGGUACGGCUCCCUGGGCUGGUCCGGCUGGGUCGAAGAAGCUGGGUAAGCCAAGGGGUAAGGAUGUUCGCUCGCUCACAUCCUCCGCGUCCACCCUCGUCAAUGAAGCUGGCACCGUCCCAUCCACCGUGACGCUUGCACAAAUAGGCGCCGAACUCUUCGCCGUUUGUUUGGUGACGUGCUAUUCCGAGGGAGAGGAGUCGCUGCGGACGACGCUUGACUCAAUCUCCACCACGACCUAUGCCGACUCACGGAAGCUCUUGUUCGUCGUAGCUGACGGGAUGAUCACUGGUGCCGGUGAGAAGCGGAGCACGCCUGACACCUGUGUGAGUUUGCUUGAACCGGACCCGCGGUUUGGGAACCCAGCACCGAUGAGCUACGUUGCUGUCGGUGCAGGCGCAAAGGCAGAGAACAGAGCGAUGGUGUAUGCAGGUCACUACACCGUGGCCGGGCGUCGAACGCCGACUGUGAUCAUAGUGAAGUGCGGCACGGAGGCUGAGGCCGCGACUGAAAAGAAGCCGGGCAAUCGGGGCAAGCGCGACAGUCAGCUUAUCCUCAUGAACUUCUUCUCCCGCGUUACGUUCAACGAUCGGAUGACGCCUCUGGAUUUCGACCUCUUCCGGAAGGUUCAUGUCCUCAUGGGCGUCACGCCUGACUUCUUCGAGGUCUGCCUCAUGGUCGACGCGGAUACGAAGGUCUUCCCUGACUCCCUCUCGUAUCUGGUCAAUUGCAUGCAUCACGACAACAUGAUCAUGGGCGUCUGCGGAGAGACGCGUAUCGCGAACAAACGACAGUCGUGGGUCACAGCAAUCCAGGUCUUCGAGUACUUCAUUUCGCAUCACUUGGCCAAAGCCUUCGAAUCUGUGUUCGGCGGCGUUUCCUGUCUGCCGGGAUGCUUCUCUAUGUUCCGACUCAAAGCUCGUCGAGACACGGGCGACGACUGGGUUCCCCUCAUCACCAAGCCCGAGAUCGUGCAGCAGUACAGUCAGAGCGUCGUGACCACGUUGCACCAGAAGAACCUGCUUCUGCUCGGCGAGGACCGGUUCUUGACCACGAUCAUGUUCCGCACGUUCCCCAAUCGCAAGAUGAUCUUCCUGCCUCAGGCUCGCUGUCGCACCAUCGUUCCGGACACCUUCUCCGUCCUGCUGUCACAGCGCCGUCGAUGGAUCAACUCAACGAUUCACAAUCUCAUGGAGCUCGUACUCGUUCGGAAUACUUGUGGUACAUUCUGCUUCAGCACCCAGUUUGUCGUCUUCAUGGAUCUGCUCGGCACGGUCGUUCUGCCCAUCGCCAUCUCCCUGACGUACAUGCUCAUCGUUGGUAUGGCACUGGCACCACCGAAGUCGUUCGAGGAGGCAAUCCCGCUCAUCCUGCUCAUUGCCGUCUUGGGUUUGCCCGGUGUUCUCAUCAUGAUGACGACGAGGAAGGUGGUCUACGUCUUCUGGAUGAUGAUAUACUUGCUCGCACUGCCGGUGUGGAACUUCAUCCUACCCGUCUACGCUUUCUGGCACUUUGACGACUUCUCGUGGGGUGAGACCAGAAAAGUCGAGGGAGAGCUCAAGGCCGAGGGCCACGACGGAGGAGGCCCGGCAGCAUCUGGAUCUUCCGUACCACUGCGCCGAUGGGAAGAUUGGGAACGUUCGCGACUGCGUAAGAUUCGUCGGGAAGAGCGUCGGCGCAAGGAUCUCGAACGGAUGCAGGGCGCGUACAUGAGCGCCAACGGCGAGCUGACCGCUAGGCACGACUCGUAUAGCCAGUAUGAUGGGUCUGACACCGUGUCAGUCGCGUCCUCCGAGGAUGACCAAUGGGGCGCGCAAAUAGGUGGUUACAACGAGAACAGUACUGCGUAUCCUCCACCGCCCCUCGGCCUGCAACAACACGCACUCGCGAGCGCCGAAGCUAUCGCGGCCGCAGACAUGGAAGCAAUGCUAGAUGCCGGGUUUGAUGACGAGCCAUCCCCGCCAGCGUCUCGCGCGCCUUCACAAGCUCCACGUUACCAGCUCUCCGACGCCGCGCCUUCGCUCGACGUCAACGGCUACGCCCCUUUGUCUAGAUCUGGGUCGCCAGGCCCAACUCCUGGUGCCAGAGAUCAUACAUUUUCACCGAUCUCACCUAUGCGACCGACAGGGGCCGUGAGUACAGCCGUUGACGAUGAAUGGCGGGGGCACGCGAAGAAACGGAGUACGGGUCGCAAUGACACUGGGGAAUACGGACCAUUAGGGCCUCUGGAUCCCAACUCAAGAAUAUGAGGAAGGGGAUUUCAUUUUUGUCUAUAUCCGUCUUUAACUCCUUCGAUGUUUGAACUUCUUUGUACCGGGCAGUCAUACCCGCUCCCUUGUCAUCAUAUCCCACUCGCUGCAAUCGCCACCUUUACAAUACGUAGUCGGCCACCAGCCUCGUCCAUACCACUAGGUCCCGUGCAUCCAUACAUACCAUUCACCCGUAAUAAGGGUAACCGCAUCUCUGUCGUACGGCUGUUGCAUUCCUUGGAUGUCGCAUCACUUCUCUAAUCUACCAUGUGAAUAGCCAUAGACGUAGCGAGUAGAGGAGCGGCAAUGUAUCAGAUAUUUCCCAA